AGUUUUCUCUCACACACUCUAUAAAUACCCCUUUGGAUAAACGUCCCUUGUUUUUAUUUGUUUCUACUACCACUUUGCCUUCAUACUCAACUCAAUUCUAGUUUUGUAGAAAGAAGAAAGGAACCAACCACUCUUUUCUUUCACCGAUCAUACAUACAAUGUCGACUUACAGAGACGAGGAUCCCCGUCUUCAUGACAUCAAAACUAAGAUUCGUGUUGUCCCUAAUUUCCCCAAACCUGGUAUUAUGUUCCAAGACAUUACUACUCUGUUGCUCGACCCCAAAGCCUUUAAAGACACGAUAGAUUUGUUCGUUGAGCGAUACAAAGGCAAAAACAUUUCUGUUGUUGCAGGAAUUGAAGCUCGGGGUUUCAUUUUUGGUUCUCCCAUUGCUCUGGCAAUAGGAGCAAAGUUUGUACCAUUGAGGAAACCAAAAAAAUUGCCUGGUGUGUUUUUUAUUCUUAAUUUUUCCUCUAGUAACUAUGUUGUCUACUUUCUCUCAUUUUCUGUUAACAAAAGAUUGUUUUGGUACGUGGCAGGCAAAGUUAUUUCUCAAGAGUAUAUUCUGGAAUAUGGAAGAGACUGUCUUGAGAUUCAUGUUGGAGCCGUUGAACCUGGUGAGCGUGCUUUAGUGGUUGAUGAUUUGAUUGCCACUGGUGGAACUCUCUGUGCAGCCAUGGACUUACUAGAGCGAGUGGGAGCAGAGGUAGUGGAGUGCGGAUGUGUAAUUGAAUUGCCAGAAUUAAAAGGCCGUGAACGGUUGAACGGGAAGGCCUUGUAUGUGUUAGUGGAAUGUUUUGAGUGCUGUCAGUAGAUGAAGAUGUAGAUGGGGGGAAUGCGUCACCACCAAGUGGAUACUUUCCUAUAUGGAAAUCCCAUUUUUUUUCUGCUUCCUCCUUUAUUAACGACUAUUGAAUUAGAAAGGCUUCCCCUGUUGAGACUCAAUGAAUGCCUUUGCCCAAAGAUUUUGAUGUAUGGAAAGAAUGCUUUUUUGGGGCAAAUGAUUGUAACUAGGAACAAUCACAUAAAAUUAAUGACUCUGUAUGACCCUUUUGGUGUAUCCUCUCUUUGCUUACCCACCCCUUCUAUUUCAAAUAAAACCAUUACUUUGACUACAGUAGAUUUCCAUGACCAAAAAUGAAAAUGAAAAUAUGGAAUUUGUAUUGUUGGAUU